UUGAAGAUUUACCCAAAAUUACAAUGGAUUACUCCACUUUGAAAAGCUGGCGCGCACCACAUCACGUUGGCGGAGAGUCGGAAGAAGCCAGCGGUUCCUGACGCGCCAAAACACCUGGUGACGCCGGGAGACGUCAUCACAACGGACACGGGCUACAUGAGUUGACUCUUUGAGUCUGACAGCAAUCAUCAAAUCCAUGCAAUUUGAGGGAGCAAUUGGAUGCUCAAAACUCCACACAAGUCCUGGUGAUACACAGAAGAAAAAGAAACACACGUCAAGCUGUGAUGAUAGCAUCUACCAUGCCGACUGUACUGUGCUAGUAUUGUACUUAUAGUAGCAUUACAACUUUCAGACCUUCUCAGAAAUCAGACAUAAGUUCAGAGCUGCUGUUUGCACAAAGAAAGAUCGCUGUAUAGACCCUGGCACAACAGCAACUUAAAAGAUGUCUAACUCUUGUGACUACUGUGAGCAAAAGAUGUCUAACUAUUGUGACACCUGUGAUCGUAAAUUUCGUGGCAAACAUUCUGAACAGUACCACGAGGAUGGCUCCUGUACCUUUGGAAAAAAAGACAGAAGUUACGAGCUACGUGCUGAGCUCACCAGACAGCAGAAGAAUGGUGAGUUUGUCGACGUGGUGGUGGAGGUAGAAGGCAGGGAGUUCCCUUGUCACCGGGCCGUGUUGGCGGUCACGCCGUACUUUCAAACCAUGUUUUCCUCAAACCUUGCGGAAAGCAAGGCGAAGGUUAUAACACUACACGAUAUUGACUCUGGCAGCUUUUCCAAGAUUCUCGACUUCGUGUACACGGGAGAAAUCUUGAUUGGGGAAGACGACGUCCAAGACAUUCUGCAGGCAGCACACAUGCUGCAAGCUGAGGAUGUCCAGGAGUGUUGCCAAAAGUUCAUUGAAAAGAACCUUUGCCCAUCCAACUGUGUGGGUGUCAUGUGCCUUGCCGACAUGUAUGGCUUGUGUAGUUUGAAAACGACAGCAAAACGCAAGGCGGUGUCUCAGUUCUCAGAGGUUGGACGAAGUGAGGAGUUUCUGAGCCUUUCAACACAGAAGCUGUUGGAUCUACUCGAAGACAAGGAGUUACGUGUUGAGAAUGAAGACGACGUUGUCCUUUCCGUGAUACGAUGGCUCGAUCAUGAACCAGAAAGCCGCAAGACUGAGGUAUCCAGAAUUCUACCAGUUAUUUGCUUAUCACUUGUAAGGGUCAGUGUGCUAGAGAAGCUUGAGGUCCACCCUGCGAUACAGGAGUCACCAGAAUGUCUGGCCAAAAUCACUGCUACAAAGGAGGGACAUUUCAGUGGCUCACCUCAACUGAUGGCAGACACAGGAAGAGAGGAGGAUGGACAAAAACCCAGCUGUGGAAUUUCAGACGACGUGGCAAUAAUUGUCGGUGGUUGGAAGGCAGUCACUCAAGAGCAUUACCAUGAAAAUCCUACACCACCGGCACCUCUCCAAAGCAUAAUUUGCAUGGAUAUAGAUCGUGAUCAAUGCUACCAUGUCACUGAUCUUCCGACAUCCAUUGUUGGGUGCAUGAGUGUGGCAAGUGCAGGGCGAUACUUGUAUGUGACGGGAGGGCGCGCCUCAUCUGCUGGCAGCAACACUCCAUCCAAACAAGCCUUUCUGUACGACUUCGCUACGGACACUUGGACAAGGUUACCCGACAUGCCUCGCGGUAGGGCAGGACACCAGUCUGCCAUUGUUGAUGGAAAACUCUACCUGGUUGGAGGCGACACUGCGGCAACGUUGUUCAACAUGUUCAGUAUGGAGUGUUUCGAUAUUGAAGCAGAAGCAUGGAUACAGCCACCCAAAGUGCCUGCUAUCAUCCCCUCACCUAACCUGAAGGUGAUAGCAUGUGGGGGUAAGCUUGUGCUCAUCCAGGGACUUAGAAAGAAGAAAAGGUUCUGUGUCCAUGCCUUAGAUGUUAAAACUCAACGUUGGACUUACACCUGCAGGUAUGUUCCAGCCAGGAACUUUGAUGCAGAUAUCAGAGCAACCAUUGUUAACAACAAGGUUUAUUUUGGUGUUUCUAUGUAUUGCUAUUUGGAGGUCUACACCUAUGAUGUUGACAAGGAAACCCCAUCUAUUGAGAUGGAGAGGGAGAAUACCAAAUCAGAUGACAAAGAGAACUUUUGCAUAGUUCGCGGAGUAUGCAGGAAGCGCAAGCACUAUGGGCGGAAGGGUAUCAUCACCACAAUAUCAAGAAAAAGCUAUGUUGACACAGGACGUUUCUAUAUGGCGAUGGGACUCAACAGAUGCAGUCGGACCCUUCCCUUUGCCUUGUUUGGCCACGGAUUCCUGGCAACCAAGAAAAGUCGUGUUGGGUGGUUCUGCAGGGACCAGCUUACAACAGUGGAGAAGGACAAGGAACUGCAGGAUUUGGUUAGAUAUUGUUAUACAACCUCAGAGUCAGAUAAUGAGUACCUCUGAGUCCCAGACUUUGUUAUUUGGGUUUCCCUGUUUCUUUAUAUAUAUUCCAUCACUGUUAGUGAAGCCUGGUCUGUUGACAAGUGACUAGUAGCCUGGUAACCAUACCAUCGGGGCGCUCAACGAUAUCUCUACAGCACUGUAGGGGUAGCCGGCCCGUGUAGUUAAUAGUGCAGGCUGGGCGGGAUGGGGGUGGGGAUUGGGGGUUGCUAGUACUAUGGGGUUGUGUGAGAUUUCUCAAAAGGCCGGCUACAAGCUCUAGGGGCAAAAUCUCAAAGGGCAGCUAAUCAGACAGGCUGACAGAAGCAGAUCGGUGCCUUAGCACACUGGGCCGGGUAAAGCACCCCAAAGCCGACCAACAUAUAAUGGUGACCAUGCUAAGUAACACGAUAAGGGACUGGGGAAGGUACUUGCACCCAUGGCAAGAACAGCUGCCUGUUUAUCAUAGAUAAUGUCACUGUCAGACAAAUGAUGCAGCAGAGAUCUGUACUAGUAGAAGAAUAACCCCUGUAUUUCUAGUCUACUUAGCUGUGAUACAGAUUAGAUUAUGUUUAGCUGGCCUUUUUUUCUUUCGUUUUUGAUUGAAGUUGCAACUGUUUAUAGGUUUCUUUCAUGUAACAUUAUACAUAACAUGUUUACCUUGUCCAAAGGGAUGAUUGGAGCAAUGUGUUUUUUUUAGCUUCUACUUCUUUUAGCUUUAGUAUAUAAUGUUAUUUCUGUAGGUUGCAUUGUUUACAUUUUGGUCUAAAAAAUAUUUACAUAUUAUUACAUACUCUGACAUAUUGUAACUAUACCAAUGGAUGGUAGAAAAGUAGCUACCUGUAAAUGCGGCCUUCCACAUAUUGACACACUGUGUAUGAGCUCAUGCCCCUACUGAAAUCACAUAUGAAAGUUAUACAUUAAAAGGUGUGGCGGGUUCUUUAACAUGCUUGACAACUCCUUAAACGCAGGAUCAGGCCUGUCAGUUUAUGAUAUCGUUUUGAUGCAUCUUAAUCAUGUUCUCUGUCUUGUGACAGGUGAGUGUUAGAUUUGCUUGUGCUUCAGAUGUUUGAUAGAGCUCCACUUUAUUAACCUUGAAAUAUGCAUUAAACCAGUUUUAACAUUA